AUGUAUAACAACAUCGGGCUUCCUACCCCUCGUGGGAGUGGCACGAACGGCUACGUACAGCGUAGCUUGGCUUACUUGCGUCCUCGGCGCACUGACAUGCCGGGUUUGCAUCAACUGGGGCAGAAGCCGAUACAGCAGCCGAAAGUACGUAAGGCAGAUCCUUCUUUGCUGCUUCACGAGCAGCUGCGUCGGGUGGAGCUGCGGCUCAUGCAGGAGCGCAGCAAGCUUGAGGAGCAGGGCUUGUCUAAAGCGCGCAUUGAGAGAACAAUUGAGGUCCUCCGCGUGCAGCUAACGAGAGAAGCGCACAUAGAAAAACAGAUAUUGGGCGAUCGAACUGGCACGCAAGAAGGUAUUUUCGGCCGCAGCCUGCUGCAGAUCUCAAGCGGCACUGACACGCAUGAAGGAGCAGCAUGGAAGCAGCGGCAGCUGGAUCAGGUUGCUGCUGCUCUCGGCCUCAGCAGCAACCAUAAAGUUGGGGAGGCAUUCAACUGGGAGCUGCAAAAACAACAAAAAGAACAACGACAAAAAGAAUGGGAGGAGAGAAAAAGACAAAUGAUCGAAGAAAGAAAGGCAGCUCUGCAACAAAUGAGGGAAAGAAGGAAAAGACAAAAACUCGCAGCAAAGAAAAACAAAAAACAUAAAAGAAGCAAAAGCUCCAGCAGCAGCAGCAGCAGCAGCAGCAGCAGUAGUAGUAGUAGUAGUAGUAGCGACAGCAGCAGCAGCAGCAGCAGUAGCGACAGCAGCAGCAGCAGCAGCAGCGAUGAUAGCGACGAUGAAAAGCGGAGGAGACGGUCAGGCCGAGUGAAGCUGCAGGUUAAAGGUGAGGAACGGGAGACAAAGGCAGCAGCAGCAGCAGCAGCAACAGCUGCAGCAGCAGCAGCGGCAGCAGCGCAGCGGGAAACACCUUCUUUCCGUGCCGUUGCAGCAGAAGCCACAAGAGUUUUAAAGGGAUAUGAGACGAAGAGAGAGAGAGCAGAUGACGUGCCUGAUGCGAAGCGGAGAAAGGAGACAGAGGAGACAGAAGCUGACAGCCCCCUCUUCUCUGAGGAGGAGACACAAGAGACAGCCCGAAGAAAUGGAAGCAGCAAGAAAUACAGACGCAGCAUCAGCCGCAGCAGCAGCAGCGGGAGAAGCAGCAGGGGCAGCAGCAGGAGAGGAGGUCGGGAUGCGCUGAAGGACAGAGAGAGAGGAGGAGAUGAAGAGAAAGCUGCCUCCUACAGCAGAUACAGAGAAGAAGAGAGAAACAGAGACAGAAACGAAGACAGAGAAAGAGAAAUAGAAGACAGAAGGGACGACGGAGAGGACAGAGACAGAAGAGGAGACAGAGACGGAGACAGAAGAGCAGAUAGAGAGAGAGACAGAAGAGCAGGCAGAGACAGAGAAGAAGACAGAGACAGAAGAGGAGACAGAGACAGAUUAGAAGCGAGAGGCCACGAUAGACGUGGAGACAGAGACAGAGAACGAGAUGACCGAGAGAGAAGGGGAGAAAGAGGAGGAGACAGAAGAGAGGACAGAGACAGAAGAGAAGACAGAGACAGAAGAGAAGACAGAGACAGAAGAGAAGACAGAGACAGAGACAGAGACAGAGACAGAGGAGAAAGAGACAGGGGAGACGUCAGCGGAAGAGAAACGCAUAGAGAUGGUCGAGAGGGCCGACAUAGAGAAGUGCAGCAACCAGACAACGACAGAAGAGAGGAAAGAGAGAGAGAAAACAGAGGCGGAGAGCGAGAAGACAGUGACAGAGACAGAGACAGAGACAGAAGAGGAGAUAGAGACAGGGGAGCAGACAGAGACAGAGGAGACGAUGGAGGCAGGAGAGGAGACAGAGACGCAGAGAGAGGAGACAGAGAGCGAGACAGAGGAGUAGACAGAGGGGGAGAGAGGGACAGAGGGGAUGACAGAGACAGGAGAGGAGAAAGGGACAGGGGGGGCAGAGACAGAAGAGACGACAGAGACAGAAGAGAAGAUAGAGAUGGAGACAGAGGAGGAGACAAAGGGGGCGCUGGAGACAGAGACAGAGAGAGAGGAGACAGAGAAAGGGGAGAAAGAGACAGAGAAAGAGGAGACAGAGAAAGAGGAGUCAGAGAAAGGGAGCGAGACUAA